AUGUUUGUAUUAAGACAAUGUCUCACUUUAGGGACCAAAUCAUCAAUUAGAAAUUUUUCUGCACUACAAAUUUGGUUAAUUUAACAAUCAAUGAAGACACAGGCGUUGCCAUUAUGGAAUUGAAUAAGCCACCUGUAAACAGCCUUAAUUAUGAACUUUUGGAAGCAAUGCAUCGCACAUUGGUCAAGCUAGAGAACGAGAAGUGCCCCGGAAUGAUCCUUACAUCUUCCUCACGAAGCACCUUCAGCGCUGGUCUGGAUCUUCUAGAGAUGUAUAAACCUACUGUUGAUAAAGCAAGGAGAUUCUGGAGUAUGUUACAAAAUACAUGGAUUAAGCUGUACUCUACUCCUUAUCCAACCGUCGCUGCCAUAAAUGGACAUAGCCCAGCUGGAGGUUGCCUUCUUGCUAUGAGCUGUGAACACAGGAUUAUGGUACCCGAUAAAAUGAUAGGAUUAAACGAAACACAACUGGGAAUAGUUGCUCCACAAUGGUUUCAAGACUGUAUGAGGAAUAUUAUUGGAGAAAGGCAGGCCGAGAAAGCACUCAUUGCCGGUAGAAUGUUUACAUCUGAAGAAGCUUUGAAGAUUGGACUCGUUGAUGAACUAGCAACUGAUAAAGAAGAUCUCAUGCAGAAGGCACAUGACUUUUUGGACGAACAAAUGGGACUCCCACCUCUGGCUAGAAGUGUUGUGAAAGUUGGUUUUCGGAAGGACACUCUCAGUAAGUUAAUCAACGGCAGGGAAGCAGAUAUUAAAAUGUUUCUUGAUAAUGUUUUCCAGCCAAAAGUUCAAGAAAGUUUAGAAAAUUACAUUCAAAUGCUCAAGAAAAAAUAA